UAGUUUUUCAGAAUGAUAACUUCGAUACGUCGUUCAGUUUCUAGGUUACCUAGAGGAAGUUUAAAUUAUUAUCGUAGUCAAAUUAAAUUUUAUUCGGCUGCAGCUAUACCAGAGUUUCAAAAAGCAGUUGUUUUCGAAACUAAUGGUGGACCAUUGAUUUAUAAAGAUAUCCCGGUGCCAAAACCAAGAGCAAAUGAGUUAUUAAUUAAUGUUAAGUAUUCCGGGGUUUGUCAUACGGAUUUGCAUGCUUGGAAAGGUGAUUGGCCCUUGGCUACAAAGUUACCUUUGGUUGGUGGCCAUGAAGGUGCUGGGAUUGUUGUAGGUAUGGGUGAAAAUGUUAAAGGUUGGAAAAUUGGUGAUUAUGCUGGGGUUAAAUGGUUGAAUGGGUCUUGCAUGUCUUGUGAAUUUUGUGAAGAAGGUAAUGAAUCAAAUUGUGAUCACGCUGAUUUAUCUGGUUAUACUCAUGAUGGCUCUUUCCAAGAAUAUGCUACUGCUGAUUCGGUUCAAGCUGCUAGAAUUCCUCCUGGCACCGAUUUAGCUCAAGUGGCUCCUAUUUUAUGUGCUGGGAUAACCGUUUAUAAAGCUUUGAAAACUGCAAAUAUAAGAGCUGGCCAAUGGGUGGCUAUUUCUGGUGCUGGUGGUGGUUUAGGUUCUUUGGCAAUUCAAUACGCCAAAGCAAUGGGGUUCAAACCGGUUGCAAUUGAUGGUGGUGAUGCUAAAGGUGAAUUAUGUAAAUCUUUAGGUGCUGAUAUUUAUGUUGAUUUUACUAAAACUGAUGAUAUGGUUAAAACUAUGAAAGAAAUAACUGGUGGUGGACCUCAUGCGGUCAUUAAUGUGUCUGUUUCAACCGCUGCUAUGCAACAAUCUGUUGAUUAUGUUAGACCUACCGGUACUGUGGUAUUGGUGGGUUUACCUGCUCAUGCCUCAGUUGAGUCUAAAGUCUUUGAUUCCGUUGUUAAAUCAAUUAAAGUUGCCGGUUCUUACGUUGGAAAUAGAGCCGAUUCAAGAGAAGCAAUUGAAUUCUUCUCGAGAGGCUUAAUCAAAUCUCCAAUUAAGAUGGCUGGCUUAUCAGAGUUACCAAGAAUCUAUGAAGAAAUGGAAAGAGGUGAGAUUGUUGGUAGAUACGUUGUCGAUACCUCGAAAUAGGGUACCAUUUAACCUUCAUCUCAUUUUGCCAAAUUGCUGGUCAUUUAGUAAUGCCCC